GAACAAAAAGCCAAAUUGACUGGUACUUUCUCGUUAAUUUCUUCAAUUUUCAUUGUUUCGUUAAAUACUAGUGGCAUGUCCGUCAAAAGUCAAAAGCCACAUAUUGAUGAAAUUGUGUUGUUAGAAUAAUUAAUUAAUUACUUGCAGAGCAAAUCUCCUCCACAAUUUUUCUUUUUUUCUCUACCCAAGAGACUUCCUUUCAACUCAGAUACUCUUUGAUUCUCUUCAGGAAAACAUCAACUAAUUAAAAUCUAAUUUUGUCUUUGAUACUCUUUGUCCGCGGAAUUCACCACCCCCACCUUCUCAAUUUGUUUGCUUUCUGCUUUCUUACCUCUUUUUUCUCAGAUUUCAUUUGGUUGAUCCUUUCUUCAAUUCUUCUUCUGGUUUUGUAGUUGUUUUUUUAUCUGACUUGUGUUUCUAAAAUCCAUGAACCGUAUGUGAUUUCCAGUGUCUUUUUCUUUUUCCAGAUUCCAGAAGAGAAAAAAGAAAAAAAAUCCUUUUGUUUGUGUGAGACUGUAAGGAUCAAUUGGUUGAGUUCUCCAUUUCUUGUGGCAGUUUUGUUUGAGUUUUUUGAGUUUGGAGGUUGUGUUUGGUGUUGGUGGAUUACGUAUUUGAUUUUCAUCCCUUUUUCUUCCAUUAGUUGGGACUUGUUCUGGCUACUUUGUAUUUCAGGGUUCAAACUUUAAGGUUUAAAUCCACUUAUUGUUCCUUUGAGGACCAAAAAGCAUAUUCUUCAUUCUUACAAGCUACAACUUUUUUAACCUUUUCUUGUUUAAAGUAGUUCUGUGUGGAUUUCUUCUUGCUCUUUACAUUCUUUGCUGAGAUGGAAGAAAAUAAAUCUGUGAUUUCCACCUGUGAGCAAGAUCAACAUGUGGUUGCUGCUGCUCAGCACAUUUUGAAGGCACUAGCAGCAAGUAAGACUGUAUCUGAAGACUUGAGAAAAACCCUAUUGGAUCUUGAGACACAAUUGUCUUCAAUUUCCAUAGUCAAUGAGAGAAAACGAACAGGAAUCAAGCAAUUUGAGAGGCAGCUUAAGUGUGUUGAAGACAAGGUAAUGAAAUGGGAGACAAACCCUUCUUCCAAUGAGUCUUGUGAGUAUUUGAAAGUUGUUGGUGAAAUCCAAACACUGAUCCAGAGUUUGGAAAACUUUUCUGUGAAUGAAAAGGGGAAGCCUAAGGAACUUCUAAGGAGGGCCAAUGAAAUUCUGCAGGUUGCUAUGCCAAGCCUUGAGAAAGAACUAGUCCACAUUCUUGUCCAACAUAAGCAAUACUUUGAGCCUGAAUACAUGUCUUUCCAUUCUAAUAGAAUGGAUAUUGUUUAUGAUGAAUCGUUUCGUUUGGUCGAGGAAGAACAAAUCAACGAGGCCUCCCGAAGUAGUAGCAGUGCUAGCCGCCAAUCUGAGGCCAGCACUAUUGAUUUGGUGAAUCCAACAGUGCUUCAACAUCUCAAGAGCAUUGCUAGUUUCAUGUUUGGUUCAAAAUACCAUCAGGAGUUCUGUCAGGUCUUUGUUACAUCGAGGAGGGAUGCUUUGGCUGAGUAUCUUGUCAUUCUUGAGAUGGAAAAGUUAAGAAUUGAGGAUGUGAUAAAACUGGAGUGGCAUUGCUUGAACAACGAGAUAAAGAAAUGGAUUCGAGCCAUGAAGAUCAUUGUUCGGGUGUACCUCGUCAGUGAGAAACGAUUGUGUGAGCAAAUCCUUGGUGAUUUUGGAUCCUUUUAUCAAUGCUGCUUUUCUGAAAUUUCUCAGAGUUUCAUGCUGCAUCUCUUGAAUUUUGGUGAGGCCGUGGCAAUGGGAACACACACACCAGAAAAAAUGUUUCGGUUACUUGACAUGUAUGAGGUUUUGGAGCAUCUUGCUGUGGAUGUAGAUAUUUUGUUCUUUGAAGAAGUUGGUUCUUUUGUUAGGGGAGAGUUUCACAAGCUUCGAAGGAGCUUUGGUGAAUCUGUUAAGUCUACAUUUGUAGCAUUCAGAAAUGCUAUUGCAUCCAACCACUCAAAGACACCUUUUCCUCAAGGGGGUGUUCACCAUGUUACCAAAUAUGUCAUGAAUUACAUCAUGACACUAGGUGAAUAUGGUGACACCCUUAAUCUCCUUCUUGUUGAUGAAAGUUCAAUUGAUCCUGCAGGCAACAACAACAACAAACCUGACUUACCAUGUCUCUCAUUGUGUCCAACGGCUUGUCAAUUUCGCUCAAUCACCGCAACUCUAGAAUCCAACUUGAGCAACAAGUCCAAGUUAUACAAAGACAAGGCCUUGCAACAUGUUUUCAUGAUGAACAACAUUCAUUACAUGGUGCAAAAAGUUAAGUGUUCUGGCCUAAGUCAUUUCUUUGGCGAUCGCUGGCUUCGCCAGCACACUGCGAUGUACCAGCGCGAUGCACGGUGUUAUGAGAUGGUCUCUUGGGGAUCAUUGCUAUCCAUGCUCAAGGAAGAUAGUGUGUCAAAUUGUGUCUCACGGAGAACUCUUGAGAAAAAGUGCAAAGAGUUCUGCACUGCUUUUGGUGAAGUUUACAGGGUUCAGACAGAGUGGUUCAUCUCAGAUCUUCUACUUCGCGAGGAUCUACAAAUUUCAGUGUCUCAGAAAGUUGUUCCUGCAUACCGCACAUACACUGGGAAAAACUCAUAUAACAUUGCUGAGAAGUAUAUCAAGUACAGUGUAGAUGAUCUACAAAGUUAUAUUUUGGACCUUUUUCAAGGGUCACCAAAAUCUUUGCACAAGUGAAAGGGUCUUGAAUUCUUGAGUUUCAUUCUUUACUUAGAUCAUUGUAUAUAUUGCUUGUAAUUUGGCAUAGUGACACCAUGGUCUUAGUUUAUUAGCUUAGGGAGAGUGUUAUGUACUUGUUCUCCUUUGUCAUCAAGUUAAUAAAUGAAUAUGAUCUUACAUGUUGGUCAUUUGAAUGAAAAUGGUGAAUUUUAUCUUUUC